AUGGAAAUGACAAAGAUGGGCUCCUCCAUGGGCGAGGGGAAUCGACAAAGGCCGGACAAACUUUACGAAAACUCAGACGAGUAUGAGGAGAAGACACUUUACGGAUUAAAACUGGACACACUCACGUCGAAGUUAAGGACCCCUCAAUUUAUUUAUAUUCUGACCUUUUUUUCGGCUUUAGGCGGCUUUCUCUUUGGCUACGACACCGGCGUCAUUUCUGGAGCGAUGAUUUUGCUCCGGAAUACCUUCUUGCUGUCUUCAGUUUGGCAAGAACUUGUGGUCAGUGUCACAAUUGCCGGGGCAGCCGUCUUCGCCAUCGUUGGGGGUCUUCUUAAUGACCGCAUCGGCAGGCGACCCACCAUCAUGAUUGCUAGUGUCGUCUUCACUGUCGGAGCUUUUUGUAUGGGCAUGGCACCUGAUAAAUAUGUGCUGCUCGGGGGUCGAAUUAUUGUUGGAGCCGGAAUAGGUAAGUAA